AUGGCAGAGACUGAGGUCUCUGAUCCUUUGGAGCAGUUUACCCAAAUCAAAGAACUGGAGUUGAUGCCAGAAAAAGCCCCUGAGAAGGAGGAAGAGGAGGAACAGGAUGGAGUGUGCAGAGUGAAGGAGCACCCUUGCCCUGGAGAGGUGGAGGCCGAGAGCACCCAGGGGGCCCUCCAGACUGGGAUCCCAGAGGGAGGGCAGGGGCCGGAGCCGGUCACCGUGGAGGACAGUGAGAAGCACUUGCUGACCCUGCAGACGGUGCCCCUCAGUUCCGAGGACGUGGGACUGCAGGAGGUCAGAUGGCACCAAGAAGGGGUGCAGGCCGUGGUGCCGCAGGCCGUGGUGCCGCUGGCCGACAGUGGGCAGCAGUCGCUGCUGUGGCUUGAGGACGGUUCCCAGCAGAGCCUGCACCAGUGCGUGGCCGUGAACCUCCAGGACGAGGUGUACUUGCUGCAAGAGAUGGAGCUGAUGCAGUUUCCUGUCCUGGAGGAGCACGUGGCCGUGGCCGGUGAGGAUGGUAAAUCUGCAGCGAGCCCGGAUGAAGGCAUGGCAUUGAUGAAGUUUGAGAAAGGCCAGAAGGAGGACCAGCCGGAGCCGGUGGCUGAAGGACGAGAUGAUGAAAAGCAAUUCUUCCUAGUGGAAGCGAGGCUGGGAGAUGAAGGAAGAAAUGAAAUUGUCCUGACAAUUUCAAACUUAAACAUUGAAGAACCAGGAGACAAACCUGCAUCCAGUCAACCACACGUUGAAAAAGACAACUCUGCAAAAAUUCAAAAUAAGACCCAGGGAAAACGCAGCUUCCACUGUGAUAUCUGCAAGUUCACCUCUUCCAGAGUUUCAAGUUUAAAUCGUCAUAUAAAAACACACAGCACUGAAAAGUCCCACAUGUGUCACCUUUGUCUGAAAAUUUUCCGUACUGUUACUCUUCUCAGGAACCACAUCAACACCCACACAGGAACCAGGCCCUACAAGUGUGGCGACUGUGACAUGGCGUUUGUCACCAGUGGAGAGCUUGUCCGACACAGACGUUAUAAACACACUCACGAGAAACCCUUUAAAUGUUCCAUGUGCAAGUAUGCCAGCGUGGAGGCGAGUAAGCUGAAGCGUCACAUGCGAUCGCACACGGGCGAGCGUCCCUUUCAGUGCUGCCUGUGCAGCUAUGCCAGCAAAGACACCUACAAACUGAAGCGACACAUGAGGACACACUCAGGUGAGAAGCCCUACGAAUGCCACGUCUGCCAUGCGCGCUUCACCCAGAGUGGCACCAUGAAAACACACAUUCUACAGAAGCACAGCGAGAAUGUCCCCAAGUACCAGUGUCCACACUGCACCGCCACCAUUAAAAGGAAGACUGACCUGCGAAUCCAUUUGCGCAACCUGCAUGCUUUCAAAGAUACGGGGAUGCCCUGCCGCUACUGUUCCGCUGUCUUCCACGAACGCUAUGACCUCAUUCAGCACCAGAAAACACAUAAGGACGAGAAAAAGUUCAAGUGCCAAUACUGCAGCUAUGCCUGCAAACAGGAACGUCAUAUGACAAUUCACAUUCGUACCCACACUGGAGAGAAACCAUUUGUCUGCCACUCCUGCAAUAAACGUUUCCGACAGAAGCAACUUCUAAAUGCUCACCUCAAGAAACACCAUGAUACAGAUUUCAUUCCAACUGUUUACGAGUGCCCCAAGUGUGGCAAAGCCUUUUCCCGCUCGAAUAUUAUGCGGAAACACUUAGAGAAGUGCAACUCUGGGCAAAAAAAGUCGACCGCUUCAGGAAAAGGAAAAAGAAUGAAAAAGAGGAAGCCGGCCAUCCCGAAAGAGGCAGUAAAGGGAGACGAAGCUGCUGCUGAGGAGGCCGUUCCAGUGAAGGGAGAGCAGUGCCCAGGAGAGGUGAUGCCGGUGGACUGUGGAGAAACCGUGGCGGGCAUCGAGGACCUGGAGGAAUACAUGAGCUGUGAAAUGAUCCUUAACAUGUUGGAUAAGUGAGGGAGGUUCAGGUUUCAUGCUUGUAGCCCGGAAUUCUUAAAGCAAGUUAGAAACUCUUAGCAUCUUCUUUGAAACAAUUAAGUUCAUGGCAAUGGAUGGUCACAAUUUUAUCCAAAGCUUCAGGGAGUGCCUAGAAUUGUUUACCAAUUUUUGAGUGGUUAUUUUAAAAAAACAAUUUUUAUCACAAAAAAAAACAUUGCAGGUAUUUAAUAAAGGGCCCACAUCUUGAAUUGGAGGACAAAACCCUCAAACUUAUGAAUUCAUUCGCUCGAUUCUGGCAAGGUGGCCCCACAUGAAUGAGCAAUGAUUUGGGGAUAAUACUUAUUUUCAUCGUAGUAUAGGCUACUUAGUGCUUCAGCAAACAGUCAAAGGUGGGAAAUCUUAUGUUGAAUUGUACACACCCCUGAUAUUUCUAAUAUUGUGAUUUUUAAACAUAAAAUACUAAUGUUAUAUCCUCUUUUACAUAAAUGAAUUUUCCAUAAAAUCUAAAGUCCUCAAAAUACUUCUAAUUAGUUCUGAAUUCAGUGCAAAAGACCUUAAUGUUAUACCACAAAAAUAGAAAAACUGAGAAGAUGAAAAGCUCUAGAUUAGACAAGAAAAUAUUGAGUAACAUAUUUUACUUUGGUAUAUGAGCAAAGUUUACUUUUAGAUUUUGUAUUCUUUCUUAAUUAUAUUCUUUGGCAGGUAGGAAACCCCCCAGUUACAUUCCACUACUGCUUAUUAGAAUAGCAGUUCAUCACCCUUUUGUUUUGCUAAAAUAAUUUUGCUUAUGUUUUAAAAAAUACUUGGCAGGGCAAGAAGAAACAUAAAAAUCUGAUAAUGAAAACGUGUACUUGUAAAGAAGUUGUACUUUUUUAUAACACCCCAUAAUUAGUGAGUAUUUCUCUUUCUACCAAUUGAAGACAUUUUUUUCCACCUUAGAGCAGCAUGUGAAAUGUCUCUUUUAGUCCUUAAAACUAACUAGUACCAAUCUUUCUAAUGAGCUGUAUUCUUCUUCCUAGCUCAGCACUUGCUUUCACUGUGAACUUCCCCCCCUAUUUUAAAAUCAAAGAUAGGCCCUAAAUUCAAAUUCUUUUUUUUUCAGCUUUAUUGAGGUAUAAUUGACACAUAAAAUUAUAAGAUAUUAAAGUGUACAUCAUGGCGAUUUGACAUAUAUCUACAUUGAGAAAGAAUUUCUCCCGCCAAGUUAACUAAAUUCAGAUUCUUAAAACGCUGAACUGUUAUUAAAAAUACCCCAAACCCAGAAGCCCUGGAUACGACAAACACGUGGAAGCAAUUUCCCAGCAGGAAGGGCGUUAUAUUCUUUUCAUGGCAGCAAAUGACUGAAUUCACAUAGUGAGACCUCAAGGCCAUGGUCUGUUAUAGGCUGUCAUUGUGACUAUUUGAACUUUUGUAAUGGUUUCUUAUUCUUAGACUAUUGUUUAAAGAUGUUUUGCAUAACUCAAUAA